GUUGCCAGUGUCGUGUCCAGUCCCCGGGCCAUCGCGGCCGCCGCCCAGUCGGCUGUUCCACGGCCAGGUGCAAAGUGCCGUGUCAUUGGAAAAGCCCGCGGCCGGCCGCAGCGUUAGAUUACAUCUCCAUGGAUCCCGAGUAGGUCUGUGGGGGUGGAAAAUGAGCAGAAGCCCCUGUUUUUGCGCCGCCCGCUUACCGGCGUUGAGCGCGGCCAGAGGCGGGGGCAGAGCCUAGGCUCCUGGAGCAGCCCAGGGCUGGUCUAUUCCCCUUUAAGAGCAGCAAGCAGCUCUGAGCCUGGGAGCCAGAGAGCCCUCUCCAGGGAGGAGACCCACGAACUGCGCCUCGGCCCUUGGAGUCCCUUCCCAGUCCUCUGUGCUCCCGGGCACGCUGAGCCCUAGAGCGCCAGUCAUGCUGCGGCUCUUCAUCCUCUAUGCGGAGAACGUCUACACCCCGGACACCGAUAUCAGUGAUGCCUACUGCUCCGUUGUGUUUGCAGGGGUGAAGAAGAGAACCAAAGUCAUCAAGAACAGUGUGAACCCCGUGUGGAAUGAGGGCUUUGAGUGGGACCUCAAGGGCAUCCCUCUGGACCAGGGAUCUGAGCUUCAUGUGGUGGUCAAAGACCAUGAGACGAUGGGAAGGAACAGGUUCCUUGGGGAAGCCAAGGUCCCACUCCGGGAGGUCCUCGCUACCUCCAGUCUGUCAGCCAGCUUCAAUGCCCCCUUGCUGGAUACCAAACAGCAGCCCACCGGUGGCUCACUAGUCCUGCAGGUGUCCUACACACCACUUCCUGGAGCUGCGCCCAUGUUCCCGUCCCCUGCUUCUCUGGAGCCCUCCCCAACACUGCCUGAACUGGACGUCGUGGCUGACACAGGAGGAGAAGAAGACACUGAGGACCAGGGACUCACAGGAGACGAGGCAGAGCCCUUCCUGGAUCCAAGUGGUGUGCCAGGCCCGGGGGCUCCCACCACCCCCAGGAAGCCACCUUCCCGUCCUCCUCCCUACCACCCUGGGAGCAAAAGAAAGAGAAGCACACCCCCACCCAGGAAGCUGCUGUCAGACAAACCACAGGACUUCCAGAUCAGAGUCCAGGUGAUCAAAGGGCACCAGCUGCCAGGGGUGAACAUCAAGCCUGUGGUCAAGGUCACAGCUGCUGGGCAGACCAAGCGGACUCGGAUCCACAAGGGAAACAGCCCUCUCUUCAAUGAGACUCUUUUCUUCAACUUGUUUGACUCCCCUGAGGAGCUGUUUGAUGAGCCCAUCUUUAUCACGGUGGUGGACUCCCGUUCCCUCAGGACAGAUGCCCUCAUCGGGGAGUUCCGGAUGGAUGUGGGCACCAUUUACAGAGAGCCCCGGCAUGCUUAUCUCAGGAAGUGGCUACUUCUUUCCGACCCUGAUGAUUUCUCUGCUGGGGCCAGAGGCUACCUGAAAGCCAGCCUGUGUGUACUGGGGCCAGGGGACGAAGCUCCUCUGGAGAGGAAGGACCCCUCUGAAGACAGGGAGGACAUUGAAGGCAACCUGCUCAGGCCAACAGGUGUGGCCCUUCGAGGAGCCCACUUCUGCCUGAAGAUCUUCAGGGCUGAGGACUUGCCUCAGAUGGAUGAUGCUGUGAUGGACAACGUGAAGCAGAUCUUUGGUUUCGACAGUAACAAGAAGAACCUGGUGGACCCCUUUGUGGAGGUCAGCUUUGCGGGGAAGAUGCUCUGCAGCAAGAUCCUGGAGAAGACAGCCAACCCUCAGUGGAACCAGAGAGUCACUCUGCCCGCCAUGUUUCCCUCCAUGUGUGAGAAAAUGAGGAUCCGAGUCAUAGACUGGGACCGCCUCACUCACAAUGACAUCGUGUCCACCACCUACCUGAGUAUGUCAAAGAUCUCUGCCCCUGGAGGAGAAAUAGAAGAGGAGACUGCGGGUGUAGUCAAGUCUUCACAAGCCCCAGACCCCGACGACAACCUGGGCUUCCUCCCCACCUUCGGGCCCUGCUAUGUGAACCUCUACGGCAGCCCCCGGGAGUUUACGGGCUUCCCAGACCCCUACACAGAGCUCAACAUGGGCAAGGGAGAAGGUGUGGCCUACCGGGGCCGGGUUCUGCUGUCCCUGGAGACCAAGCUGGUGGAGCACAGUGAACAGAAGGUGGAGGACCUCCCUGCAGAUGAUAUUCUCCGCGUGGAGAAGUACCUCCGGAGGCGCAAGUAUUCCCUCUUUGCUGCUUUCUACUCAGCCUCCAUGCUGCAGGACGUGGAUGAUGCCAUCCAGUUUGAGGUCAGCAUUGGGAACUAUGGUAACAAGUUCGACACAACCUGCCUGCCUCUGGCCUCCACCACCCAGUACAGCCGUGCAGUCUUUGACGGCUGCCACUACUACUACUUACCCUGGGGCAAUGUGAAGCCUGUGGUGGUCCUGUCCUCCUACUGGGAGGACAUCAGCCACAGAAUCGAGACUCAGAAUCAUCUGCUCAGGAUUGCUGACCAGCUGGAAGCUGGCCUGGAGCAGGUCCACCUGGCCCUGAAGGCAAAGUGCUCCACCGAGGACAUGGACCUCCUGGUGGCUCAGCUGAUGGAUGAGCUCAUUGCAGACUGCAGCCAGCCCCUGAGUAAUGUUCUUGAGACUCCCUCUGCCACCCACCUGGACCAGUACCUGUUCCGGCUGCGUACCCGUCACCUGAGCCAAAUCACUGAGGCUGCCCUGGCCCUGAAGCUUGGCCACAGUGAGCUCCCUGCCGCUCUGGAGCAGGCUGAGGACUGGCUCCUGCGUCUCCGUGCCUUAUCGGAAGAGCCCCAGAACAGUCUGCCGGACAUUGUCAUCUGGAUGCUGCAAGGAGACAAGCGAGUGGCCUACCAGCGGGUACCUGCUCACGAAGUUCUCUUCUCCCGGCGCGGCACCAACUACUGUGGCAAGAACUGUGGGAAGCUGCAGACCAUCUUUCUGAAAUAUCCAAUGGAGGAAGUGCCUGGGGCCCGAAUGCCAGUGCAGAUACGAGUCAAGCUCUGGUUCGGCCUUUCUGUGGAUGAAAAGGAGUUCAACCAGUUUGCGGAGGGGAAGCUCUCUGUCUUUGCUGAAACUUAUGAGAACCAGACCAAGCUGGCCCUGGUUGGGAACUGGGGCACAACGGGCCUCACCUACCCCAAGUUUUCUGACAUCACGGGCAAGAUUAAGCUCCCCAAGGACAGCUUCCGCCCCUCGGCUGGUUGGGCCUGGGCUGGAGAUUGGUUCGUGUGUCCGGAGAAGACUCUGCUCCAUGACGCUGAUGCUGGUCAUCUGAGCUUUGUGGAGGAGGUGUUUGAGAACCAGACCCGGCUCCCCGGAGGCCAGUGGAUCUACAUGAGUGACAACUACACCGAUGUGAAUGGGGAGAAAGUACUUCCUAAGGAUGAUAUCGAGUGCCCACUGGGCUGGAAGUGGGAAGAUGAAGAGUGGUCCACAGACCUCAAUCGUGCUGUGGAUGAGCAAGGCUGGGAGUACAGCAUCACGAUCCCUCCAGACCGGAAGCCGAGGCAUUGGGUCCCUGCUGAGAAAAUGUACUAUACACACAGACGGCGGCGCUGGGUCCGCCUGCGCAGGAGGGACCUAAGCCAGAUGGACGUGCUGAAGAGGCACAGGCAGGCAGAGGCAGAGGGUGAGGGCUGGGAGUAUGCCUCGCUCUUUGGCUGGAAGUUCCACCUUGAGUACCGCAAGACAGAUGCCUUCCGCCGCCGCCGCUGGCGCCGCCGCAUGGAGCCGCUGGAGAAAACUGGGCCUGCAGCUGUGUUUGCCCUCGAGGGGGCCCUGGGUGGUGUGGUGGAUGACAGGAGUGAAGAUUCCAUGUCUGUCUCCACCUUGAGCUUUGGCGUGAACAGACCCACGAUCUCCUGCAUCUUUGACUAUGGGAACCGCUAUCAUCUCCGUUGCUACAUGUACCAGGCCCGGGACCUGCCUUCGAUGGACAAGGACUCUUUUUCUGAUCCCUACGCGAUAGUCUCCUUCCUGCACCAGAGCCAGAAGACUGUGGUGGUGAAGAACACUCUAAAUCCGACCUGGGACCAGACCCUCAUCUUCUAUGAGAUCGAGAUCUUUGGUGAGCCAGCCAGUAUUGCCGAGCAGCCACCCAGCAUCGUGGUAGAGCUUUACGACCAUGACACCUAUGGUGCAGAUGAGUUUAUGGGUCGCUGCAUCUGUCAGCCAAGCCUGGAACGGAUGCCCCGGCUGGCCUGGUUCCCACUGACGAAGGGUAGCCAGCCAACGGGUGAACUACUAGCAUCUUUUGAACUCAUCCAGAGAGAGAAGCCGGCCAUCCACCAUAUUCCUGGUUUUGAGGUGCAGGAUACAUCCAGGAUCCUGGAAGAGCUGUGUGCUCCUGCCUUCUUCCAGGGCCUUCUCCAAACGUCAGAGGACACAGACCUGCCCUACCCGCCACCCCAGAAGGAGGCCAACAUCUACAUGGUUCCCCAGAACAUCAAGCCAGCUCUCCAGCGCACUGCCAUUGAGAUCCUGGCGUGGGGCCUUCGGAACAUGAAGAGUUACCAGCUGGCCAGCAUCUCCUCUCCCAGCCUCAUAGUGGAGUGCGGGGGCCAGAUGGUGCAGUCCUGCGUCAUCAGGAACCUCCGGAAGAACCCCAAUUUUGAUGUUUGCACACUUUUCAUGGAAGUGAUGCUGCCCAGGGAGGAACUCUACUGUCCCCCCAUCGUGGUCAAGGUCAUCGAUAACCGCCAGUUUGGCCGCAGGCCUGUGGUGGGCCAGUGCACCAUCCGCUCCCUGGAGAGCUUCUUCUGUGAUCCCUACACAUUGGAGAGUCCGUCCCCACAGGGUGGACCAGAUGAUAUGAGCUUACUCAGUCCUGGGGAAGACGUGCUUAUCGACAUUGAUGACAAGGAGCCCCUCAUCCCUGUCCAGCUUGCCGAUGGUCUGUCAAGCUUGGGCCCCACUAACAUGGCGUCUUCUCCAUCCAGUCCUCAUAAGACCCUCCUGGAGGAAGAGUUCAUCGACUGGUGGAGCAAAUUCUUUGCUUCCAUAGGGGAGAGGGAAAAGUGUGGCUCCUACUUGGAGAAGGAUUUUGACACUCUAAAGGUCUAUGACACACUGCUGGAAAAUGUGGAGGAUUUUGAGGGCCUGUCUGACUUUAGUAACACCUUCAAGCUCUACCGGGGCAAGACUCAGGCGGAGUCAGAAGAUCCAUCUGUCAUUGGGGAAUUCAAGGGUCUCUUCAAAAUUUAUCCCCUCCCAGAAGACCCAGCUAUCCCCAUUCCCCCAAGACAGUUCCACCAGCUGGCUGCACAGGGGCCCCAGGAUUGCUUGGUCCGUAUCUACAUUGUCCGAGCAUUUGGCCUGCAGCCCAAGGAUCCCAAUGGAAAGUGUGACCCCUACAUCAAGAUCUCUAUAGGGAAGAAGUCAGUGAGUGACCAGGAUAACUACAUCCCCUGCACUCUAGAGCCUGUAUUUGGAAAGAUGUUUGAGUUGACUUGUACUCUGCCCUUGGAGAAGGACCUGAAGAUCACACUCUAUGACUAUGACCUCCUCUCUAAGGAUGAGAAGAUAGGGGAGACAGUCAUCGACCUUGAGAACAGGCUGUUGUCCAAGUUUGGGGCUCGCUGUGGACUCCCACAGACCUACUGUGUCUCUGGACCGAACCAGUGGAGGGACCAGCUCCGCCCCUCCCAGCUCCUCCACCUCUUUUGCCAGCAACACAGGAUCAAGGCCCCCUUGUACCGGACAGACCAUGUGAUGUUUCAGGAUAAAGAAUACAAGAUUGAGGAGAUAGAGGCUGGAAGGAUCCCAAACCCACACCUGGGCCCAGUGGAGGAGCGUCUGGCUUUGCAUGUCCUUCAGCAGCAGGGGCUGGUCCCCGAGCACGUAGAGUCACGGCCCCUUUACAGCCCUCUGCAGCCGGACAUCGAACAGGGAAAGCUGCAGAUGUGGAUCGACAUAUUUCCAAAGGCUUUGGGGCGGCCUGGACCUCCAUUCAACAUCACUCCCAGAAAAGCCAGAAGAUUUUUCCUGCGAUGUAUUAUCUGGAACACCAGAGAUGUGAUACUAGAUGACCUCAGCCUCACAGGGGAGAAGAUGAGUGACAUUUACGUGAAAGGUUGGAUGGUCGGCUUUGAAGAACACAAGCAGAAGACAGAUGUGCAUUACCGUUCCCUGGGUGGUGAGGGCAACUUCAACUGGAGGUUUGUUUUCCCCUUCGACUACCUGCCAGCCGAGCAGGUGUGCUCUGUUGCCAAGAAGGAUGCCUUCUGGAGGCUGGACAAGACCGAGAGCAAAAUCCCAGCACGAGUGGUAUUCCAGAUCUGGGACAAUGACAAGUUCUCCUUUGAUGACUUUCUAGGCUUCCUGCAGUUGGAUCUCAACCGCAUGCCUAAGCCAGCUAAGACGGCCGAGAAGUGUUCCUUGGACCAGCUGGAUGACACUUUCCACCCAGAAUGGUUUGUGUCCCUUUUUGAGCAGAAGACGGUGAAGGGCUGGUGGCCCUGUGUAGCAGAAGAGGGUGAGAAGAGGAUCCUGGCGGGCAAGCUGGAAAUGACCUUGGAAAUAGUAGACGAGAGUGAGCAUGAGGAACGGCCUGCUGGCCAGGGUCGGGAUGAGCCCAACAUGAACCCUAAGCUUGAAGAUCCAAGGCGCCCCGACACCUCUUUCCUGUGGUUUACCUCCCCGUAUAAGACGAUGAAGUUCAUCCUGUGGCGGCGCUUCCGGUGUGCCAUCAUCCUCUUCAUCAUCCUUUUCAUCCUCCUGCUGUUCUUGGGCAUCUUCGUUUAUGCCUUUCCGAAUUAUGCUGCCAUGAAGCUGGUGAAGCCCUUCAGCUGAGGACCCUCCUGCACUGGACAAGGUGGCAAGGGCUGCCUUCCUGGCCCAGGACUGGCUUGCCCCCUCCACCCAGCCUAGCAGAGCUCCUGACUGUCCUGCCAGGUGGGCAGACAGAUGUACUGGUACCUGCUGUAAGAUUUGCCAGUGCCGUGGCCUGGGAUCACCCCACCUCCACCAUCUCUUUCUCCCCUACCUCCUUUUGAAUCAGCUCAUAUGUAUUUCAGUAUAAAACAAGUUGAACCACAAA